GUCGAUUGGCUGAACGACAUCGAGGCUUGGUUAGACGCACCGCCUCCUCAGGCUACGGUGGCCGGGUGGGGAUGAAUUGGGCCUCGUUGUAAUUGGUGUGCUUUCCCCUGAGUGGGAACAUUCGCGGCAGAAGGGAGCGAGGCCGGGGACACAAGGUGACGGGUUGGUGAGGGAGGAAUAAUAGAGAUAAUGGCGGCCAGUGGAAGGGGAACGAUGAGCGACAUUCGCCAUUCUCUCCUGCGGCGUGACGCUCUGAGUGCAGCAAAGGAGGUUUUGUACCACCUGGAUAUCUAUUUCAGCAAACAGCUCCAGAAUGCUCCUGUGCCGCUGGUCGAGAAAGGUCCUAUAGAACUGCUUGAAGAGUUUAUCUUCCAAAUACCCAAAGACCGCAGUUCUCAUGGCAAGCGACUUGGCGCCAUACAAGAGCUACAGCUGUUGGAGAUACUGUGCAAUUACUUCCAUGAACAAACCAAGGAGCCAGUCCGGCAGGUCAUCUUCAACUCCCUGUUCAGCCCACAGGGAAAUAAAGCCGAUGAGCAGCGCAUGGCUCUGCUAGGAAAACUGACCUCUAUGGCAGUUGCGGUAUGCAGGCUGCCUGUGCUGGAGAGUGCUGCUUCCUGGCUGCAGCGCUCUCCAGCUGUUUACUGUGUCCGCUUGGCCAAAGCACUGGUAGAUGACUAUUGUGGCCUGGUGCCAGGCUCCAUCCAGACGCUGAAACAGAUCUUCAAUGUCAGCCCCCGCUUCUGCUGUCAGUUUAUCACUGCUGUAGCUGCAUUCUAUGACAUGUCUACAGAGGACCUCCUGCCCCCUCAUGAUCUUCUGGAAAUGAUCGUAUCCUGGAUUUUUGAAGAUCCUCGCCUCAUUCUGAUCACCUUUCUUAAUACCCCCAUCUCUGCUAACUUGCCAAUUGGUUUCUUGGACUUCUCCCCACUAAUGGGUCUUGUUCACUGGUGUAUAAUUGCGCCUCUAGCCUACAGACGCAAGCAGAAAGCAGCUGGUGGAGAGCCAAUUAGAGAUAAUCAGAACCUUUACUCCAAGCUCCAUCUGAGUGUGCUGCAAGGGCUUAUGGUCCUUCAGACUCACCUUACAGAGAAAGCACUAUAUGGGCGACUGGCACUUGUGCUGUUUGAGCAGCUUGUACCAUUAGUUGAAGAGUUAGGACAGCUUUGUGAAGAACUUAACCCGCUUAAUGCUGAGCAAGAGAUGGAGUUGGCAUUAGAUCGUCUGGCCCAGGCGUUGCAGGUGUCCAUGGCAACAGGGGCAUUGAUUUGCACCCGUGAUGACCUGAGGACGCUCUGUUCUCGUCUCCCCCAUAACAACCUCAUGCAGCUGGUGAUCUCUGGCCCGGUUCAGCCUCAACCUGCUCACCCAACUUUGACACCUGCAUAUUACCCCCAUAUUCACACCCCACCUCUAGGUUACCCCUCUCUCCCAUCCCUACCUGCUCACACAGCCCUUCCCGCUCACACAACACUACCGGCUCAUGCAGCACUACCAGCGCACACAGCACUCUCCGCUCACUCGGCACUGCCGGCACAUGCAGCAUUGCCUACUCACUCGCCCUUAUCAGGACAUCCUGUGCAGACCUUCAUGCCUGGCAUGGCUUUCCCAUUUCGGCCCAUGCGCUGAGUUACAUGAACUUACAGAGACAGACUGUCAUUGUUACAGAGGAAGUGAACAGCUCAAAGACCAAGUACAGAACCUACAGGCUGUUGUUGUUCCAGCACAUCGAGGAUAAGGGCACAGUGCUGGUGGUCAUUUGAUGUAAUAUUGCACCUGACAUGGAGAUGUGUCUAGUAGCACAGUGUUAGUACUAUCAAAUAGGUCAGACUCUUUUACAGGCCUGGUUUACACCUAUGCGUUUUUAAUGCUUUUUGCAGAAAUGCUCUACAGUCAAUUUAACAUGGUUUCUUAUGGGGCUAUGCUUCUUUUUUUUAUUUAUUUUUUUUCAGCCACUGUAGUUUUGGAAAGGAUUAGGUAAAUUUUUAAAUGCAAAAUGGUGCGUUUUUGGUUCAGUAGACUUCAGAGUAGAAUCUGCAGAAAAGUAUGUAGUGCGUUUUUGCUGCCUGUUGCAUUUUUAAUCUGCCAGACAACAAAUUUGCCUAAAAAAAGCAUAAAAAGUGUGAAACCCAUGCAAAAAGUAUGUCAGAAAAGGCUCAAAAGCAAACGGCAUAGGUGUGAACCAGGGCAAAGGGUAUGUCCUGCUACAACUGCCAUCUCGGUAAAUCACCCACUGCUGUUUUAUACUUUUGGAGACUAGAGUGCUGCACCUCUUUGCUUCCCCUACAUGCUACAAUUGGACCCCUUUCACACUGAGCCGCUUUUCAGGCACUUUUGUGCUAAAAAAAAAAAAAGGGCAUGAAAAGCUCAUGAUAACCUAUUUCCAUGAAGAUUGAUGAAUGCCUUUACACUGGAGCGGUACGCUGGCGGGGAGCUGAAAAAACUCCUGCAAACAGCAUCUUUGGAGCGCUUACAAAAAAAAAAAGCACCUCUUUCAAUUGAAAUGAAUGGAAAGCGCUUCCAAAAUGUUUUUGAGUCACGUGACCUUCAAAAAAGUGCAUCGCUAAUGCCUGUGUUUUCUGGGCAGUUUUCAAGUGCCUCAGUGUCAAAGUCUUUACAGAGCUGUUCUCACUUAGGUUGUGUCUCUAUGGGUUCGACGUUAUGGCAAACAUCAGUGCGCUUCAUCAAGGAUGCGGCAGCGUGUAGAUGUGGAAUCUUGACUCUGGUGUUCCAAUACGAUACAUUGAUAAACCAGCUGCUAUCAGAAGGAAAUAAAAUAUAUCCGUUUUAAGUGGGCCUUUAGUUGUUUGGCACAAAUAUAAGUGCUGUGUUAUAAAUCGGACAAGCAAAGUUACGCUGAAUGGCCCAAGGUUUGUACACACCUGGCCAUCACACCUAUAGUGGCCAAAAAAAAAA